AUAGAGGAGAGAGGAGGAGACAUGGGUGCUGCUGAGAAGAAAGGCGCGGCUCGGGUUCAAAAGGAUUCAGAGGAUCUUAGUCGUCAACGGUUACAAGCCAUUGUUCUAGCGGACAGCUUCACCACUCGAUUCCGUCCAUUAACCCUAGAACGCCCAAAGGUACUGUUACCGCUUGUGAACAUCCCGAUGAUUGAUUACACCUUAGCAUGGCUAGAAUCAGCUGGUAUAGAGGAAAUCUUCGUCUUCUGUUGUGCUCACUCGAUGCAAUUGAUCGAUUACCUUAAGAAAUCUCAAUGGUGCUCGUUGGUGAGAACGAUUGUGUCGCACAAAUCCACCAGUGUUGGAGAUGCUCUGCGUUACAUUUAUGAACAACAGCAUACAGAGACGUCUCAGAUUCAGGGUGAUUUUGUUCUUGUUAGUGGUGAUACUGUGAGUAAUAUGCCCCUCGCUGAGUUGAUUCAGCAACAUAGGGAUAGGAAGAAGAGAGAUGAGAAAGCUAUCAUGACUAUGGUUAUUAAGAAGCAGUCUAGGCUAGGGAUAGGAUCGGAUCAACUCUUUGUUGCGGUGGAUCCUGUGACGAAACAGCUUCUUUAUUACAACGAGGGAGAUAACAACGGGGAGGUUUGCUUAGAUAAGUCAUUGUUGGAUACCGGUGUUUUAGUUUGCAAUGAUAUGCUGGAUUGCUACAUUGACAUUUGUUCUUCUGAGGUGCUUAGUCUCUUUGAGGAUAACUUUGAUUAUCAGCAUCUUCGCCGUCAUUUUGUUAAUGGUUUGCUUGUUGAUGAUAUUAUGGGUUACAAGAUUUUCACUCAUGAGAUUCAGUCGAGUUUUUAUGCUGCAAGGGUUGAAAAUUUACGGAGCUAUGACAUGGUUAGCAAGGAUAUUAUUCAGAGGUGGACAUACCCCUACGUACCUGAUAUAAACUUCAGCGGGAAUCACCCUCUAAAGCUCGGUAGACGAGGGAUAUACCGGGUUUCUGAUGCUGUUCAAUCACGUUCUGCUGAUAUUGGAGCUUCCACUGUCAUUGGAUAUGGCACAAAAAUUGGUAAUGGGAGUAAAAUCUGUAAAUCUGUUAUUGGGAAUGGAUGUUCUAUUGGAUCCAAUGUGGUGAUACAAGGCUCAUACAUAUGGAACAAUGUUACUAUUGAAUAUGGGUGUGAGAUAAGGAAUGCCAUUGUCUGUGAUGGGGUGAAAAUCAGAGCAGGAGCUGUUCUGCAGCCUGGUGUUGUUUUGUCUUUCAAUGUUGUAGUUGGGCAGGACUUCGUUGUACCUGCAUACUCUAAGGUUUCCCUACUACAACAGCCAACUAAAGAAGACAGCGAUGAAGAAUCAGAAUAUGCUGACAUUAGCAAUGGGACGACACAUCUUUUGUCAGGUGUAAAUAAUUUGCAAAUGGAGUCCAAAACAUCUGAACUUGAUCCUGAUGGAGCAGGUUACAUAUGGAAAGUAUGUGACAGCGUUCAUGAUGCGGAGUGGAAGCAUUCCAUUGUACCAAUCCCCAUGGAGAAACUUGCUGAUAUGGCUCAGGCCAUGGACGGUGAUGGCAUAGAGGAUGGAAGUGUUGUCCCACCUUCUGGAGAGUUAAAAUCUGAUACUGAUAGCAUAAACACUGAUGCAAAUGAUCCUAAUGAUGAUGACUAUGGCUACUUCGAGAGAGAGGUUAGGGAAACCUUCUUAAGGGCCAUUGAAGAGGAUAACAAUGUGGACCAUAUAACUCCCUUGAUUAACUCACUCCGAUUUUCAUACGACAUGGCGUCUGCAGAUUGUGCUGGAGCAAUAUUCUACUCUAUGAUGAGACUGGCUAUGGAUACUCAACAUAACUCUACUAGUGAACUGUACAGAAACGCAACUAGUAUAAUCACCAAAUGCAAGGGGGUUCUUGGGUUCUAUGUAAAGCAAAUUGAUGAACAGAUAGAGGUGAUAAUGAAAUUCGAAGAGAUGUGUCAGGAAUCAGCAGCGUUGAGCCCUUUGUUUGUUCAGAUUGUGCAUUUUCUUUAUGACAAAGACGUGGUGCAAGAAGAUGCGAUCUUGAGAUGGGGGGAAGAGAAAGCAGGCGCAGACGAAUCUGACAAAGUCUAUCUCAAUCAAUGUGAGGCAUUCAUACAGUGGCUCAAGGAAGCAUCUGAGGAAGAAGAUAGCUGAAUUGGUUCACAUUUGUUUUCAAUGGGUUGCAAUGUUGUUAUUUCAUUAAUACAGCCUAUUUUUUAAGUUGAUAAGUUACAUUCUUAAGAGAUACUUUAUAUUAUUUACAUUAACUAAUAAUUUUUUUAGAACAAUUAAACGGAUAGUUUAGCGAGAUCUAUCUUCAUUUA